AUGCGACCUGAAGCUCCGAGUUUCUAUUAAAUGAACACACAUCUGUCUGAACUCUCUUCUGUUUCUGUGCCCUGGGAUCUGUUCAGGAUGACGCCUCUCCUCUGCAACGCCUGCCUCAUCUUGCCUGUUGCUUUACAUCUGCUGCUUGUCCCCAGUCCAUGUUCGGCUGCAGCCACAAAGAAGUGCAGCUCCAUCUAUAAAGGGUUUGCCCAGUGUCUGCUUGCCCUAGGAGACAGUCUGUCUGUCAGCUCCCAAAAAGACGAGGAUACGCAGGAGAUCGACUCUAUUUGCAAAUCCUGGGAUGAUUUUCAUGACUGUGCAAAUGUGGCCAUGGCCGGCUGCCCCGAGGAGGCUGCUGUGGUGUGGGAGUCUCUGAGGCAAGAGUCCAAAAAGAUGCAGUUUUCCGGAAACCUUUAUGAGAUGUGCUCCAGUCGUAGCCAAUCAGCAGCUGCCUCGGAUUCCCAAAGCCCCGAUGAGACCAAUCAGGAGUUGUUAAAGGGACGUGCUAGUCGUACAAGCCUGACCCUUCUGACCUUCUGUUUGCCUGUACUACUACUGUUUCCAUGGAUGUGAUCACAUCUCAAGACUCACCUCCGAGUUCAAAUAUUCAGCACAUAGACAACGAUACCGUCUGGUUUGGUUCUGACAUUUUCAUGUAGUAGAAUAAGAUACAUUUUAUGCUUCAAAUCAAAUUUUUUUCAGAACAAAAAGAAUGCAAUUUCCACACAAAGGACACUUUUUUUCAACAAACGUGUU